AGUAAGAAAAGAAUAAGCAUUGAAGAAGGAAGAAUGGGACGGUGGAAUGAGUCUCUGUUGGCGGAAGCCGCAGCGGUGGCGAUAAUGGCGUUGGGCCUCUUUUCAAUCUCAGCCACGGCGGCAAGGCCCUGCAAGACCUUCCUCGUCUCCUCCUAUUCCAUCUCUUUACAUAACCCUAACGACCCUGUCCACGCUGUCUCGUCCCGAUUCGUCACCGUCUUCACUGAAAUCGCCCAAUCGAAUCCCUUACCCAUACACGAAGAUCCCAAGCCCUCCCACGUCUUCAGCUCUCUCCGUGAUCGCAGCAGGGACAUUCUCAGCGUGGUCGCCGCUCUCCUCCUCGGUGUCGGCUGCGGCGCUCUCACUGCCGCCACUAUCUACUUGAUCUGGAUGAUCUUCAUGGCCCGUCGCGAGUACCAUGAGGAUUAUGAGUUCAACGAAGAAAUUAGUCCUAAAGAGAUGGGGUUUGUUAACAUUCCUGUGAAUCCUGCAGUCAACGUUAAGAAAGAAUCCCUUUGAAAAAAGUGGCAUAGUUGUUAUUACUAAUAAAAUAAAUUCUGGGAUUGUUUUUUCAGUA